AAAUUCAAAGACAAAAUGGAUUCCGAUGGAAUUAUUCCAGAUAUUAUUGAUAGUAAGCCGGAAGCUAUUGCUCAUAUGACUUAUGGUAGUGUCGAUGUUUGCUUGGGUAACGAAUUAAAACCGAAACAAGUCAAGGAUCAACCUAAAGUGACAUGGAACGCUGAUGAGAAAUCAUUAUACACUCUAUUAAUGGUAGACCCUGAUGCGCCAUCACGAGAUACUCCUACAUAUAGAGAAAUCUUACAUUGGUUAGUUAUCAAUGUACCCGGAAGUAACGUUUCUGAAGGUCAAGUCGUUGCCGAAUACAUUGGAUCCGGUCCACCAGAAGGAAGCGGCUUACAUCGUUAUGUAUUCCUCGUUUUCAAACAAGCAGACAAAAUUUUAACAGAUAAAUUUAUUUCAAAUAAAUCCCGUGAAGGUCGUUUAAGCGUAAAGACCCGUGAUUAUAUUACCAAGUAUAAUUUGGGAAAUCCUGUUGCAGGUAAUUAUUAUCAGGCCCAAUAUGAUGACUAUGUGCCAAUCUUAAAAGCUCAACUGGAGCAAUAAAUAAAUAAAUAAAUACACACAGUUUUGGAUUAAAUAAUAAACUUUUUCAUAAACAUCAUCACCCACUGUAAAA